ACCGAGGACAGCGACGACGAGCUUAUGACGAUGAGAAUGAAGAGACAGCGUUCUGAGGAAUACGACAAAGCCCCGUCCUCACCACUGUCAGACUACAGCCAGUCAAGUCAAUCCAAAAAAGAGUGUUUAGGCCUAUCCCCCGAGGACAGCCAAGUUCGUCGAUACCGGACCGCCUUCACGCGUGAGCAGUUAGGCCGACUAGAGAAGGAGUUCUAUAAGGAAAACUACGUCUCCAGGCCCAGACGAUGUGAACUGGCUGCAGCGUUAAACCUUCCCGAAAGUACAAUAAAGGUGUGGUUUCAAAAUAGACGUAUGAAAGACAAGAGGCAGAGAAUGGCGAUGGCUUGGCCCUAUGGAAUCCCGGAUCCCAACCUGUAUGCCUAUCUGGCCGCAGCCGCAGCUUCGUAUCCCUACAACGUACCUAACACAUCACCUUUUAAUUACUACGCCAGUCUUGGGCUACAGAGGGCUGCUGCUGCCUACAGCCCGUACUCUGUCCCUUCCCCUUUGAGGCCGCGCCCAGAGUUUCUACCUCCGGUGACCAGCUCUCUACUAAGGCCCACAGCUCUCUCAGUAUCGGACAGUCUCCAGUCAUCCAGCCUAAACUGCGGUAUUCACCCUACUUCCAGAGAUCCAUCAUCGCUUCUAAGUCAGAGCCCUCUCAUCCCCCACCACAGUUCCUCUAGUGCUUGCCCAUCCGCCCCCGGGGAGCCGUGUAGCUGUAACCUCUACCUUGGCGGCCUCCCUCCUCUUCCCACCUCCCUGCCCACCUCUCUGUCCACCUCACUCUCCUCAUCACUGCCAGUCACACCGACACCUACCCCAUCUCAUGGACUGUUUCAGCCUUACAAGACUGAUGCUGAAAGGGCUUGA